AUGGCUUCUCCUUCCUGCGGUGCUGCCGCUCCUAACCAACCAGUCGUUUCCUCCCGCCCCACAGCUGAGACCGGGACCAAGGAGGACCCCGUCGUGGUGCCGGCCAUCAAUCCCAUCAUCUCGAAGGAGCAGGAGGACAUUCGGGUGAAGCUCGCUGCCCUGAAGGAGAAACGGCUCCUGAACCAGAAGCUGGGGAAAGUGAAGACUCUGGGUGACGAUGAUGCCUGGCUGGACGACGCUGUGGCCUGGGUGGAGAAGAGCAGAAAGCUGCAGAAGGAGAAGGAGAUGGCUGAGAAGCGGGCUAGACUUCUCGAGGAAAUGGACGAGGAGUUUGGUGUCAGCAACCUGAUCGAAGAGGAACUCCGGACCAAGAAACAGACUGCCUACACGUCCCAGGACCUGAAGGGACUGACUGUCCAGCACGAUAUUAAAGCUUUCAAGGAAGGAGAGGCAGUCGUGCUGACCUUGAAGGACAGAGGGGUUCUGGACGAGGAGGAUGAUGUCCUGGUUAACGUCAACAUCUUGGACAAGGAGAGAGCUGAGAAGAACGCGGAGAUGAAGAAGAAACCCAACUACAAGCCCUAUGAGGAGGAGGAGAGUGUUGACGACAUGGUGGUGUUCAAAGCCAAGUCGAUCCUCUCCCAGUACGACGAGGAGAUCGAGGGGGAGAAGAAGAAGUCGUUCCGGCUGGAGGCGGGCGGAUCGGCGGACGGAUCGUGGGAGCGGGAGCUGCAGCAGAUCCGGCAGACGCUCCAGGAGCAGGCUCAGACCCUGGAGCUGCCGCAGCUGAAGCUGGCGUCCGAGUUCUACACCGAGGAAGAAAUGGUCACGUUCAAGAAAACAAAGAGGAAAGUAAAGAAAAUUCGUAAAAAGAAAACCAGCGUGAAAGCUGACGACCUUCUAGCUCAUGGACACGAGAGUGCCGUCACCGACUAUGGCUCGAGAUCCCGCGGGCGGGGCUGGAAGUUCGACUCAAAAGCGGACGAAGAGGGGAACGCGGAAGAGGCCGAGCCCCCAGCGCCCGAGCCCCAGUCUGUGUCGGACGACAUGCGUGUGGAAAACAUGGAGAUCAGCGACGACGAAGCCCAGGCUCCCGACUCCCCGGUCGCCAUCGAGGAAGACGAGGCGGAGGCGGAGCUGCAGAAACAGCUGGAGAAGCAGCGGCGCCUGCGGCAGCUCCACCGGCAGGCGGCCGACAAGGCGGUGGACAUCGUGAAGAAAGUGAGCGCGGACCGGGAGGACGAGGACGAGGAUGACCUGGAGAAGAAGGGCGUGAUCGUCUUCAACGCCACGUCCGAGUUCUGCCGGACUCUCGGGGAGAUCCCCACCUACGGCCUGGCCGGCAACCGGGAGGAGCAGGAGGAGCUGCUCGAUUUUGAGGUUGAGAACAAGGAAUCGUCGGACGGGGAGAUGGAGCUGGACCGGGACGAGACUGUGGGCUGGAGUACAGUGAACCUGGACGAGGAGAAGAAGCAGCCAGAGUUCUCGGCCUCAUCCACCACCAUUCUGGACGAAGAGCCCAUCGUGAACUGCGGGCUGGCAGCUGCUUUGCACCUCUGCAGAAACAAAGGUCUGCUGGACACCACCAUGCAGAAGGUGGCCCGUGUCCGGUCCUCAGUCAAGACUCUUCCAUCAACUGUGUAUGCCAUUGAGGAUAAAAUGUUGAUCGAUGACAAGUACAGUAGGCGGGAGGAAUACCGUGGCUUCACGCAGGAGUUCAAGGAGAAAGAGGGAUACCGGCCCGAUGUAAAGAUCGAUUACGUCGACGAAUCUGGGAGGAGGCUGACUCCAAAAGAGGCUUUCCGGCAGCUAUCCCAUCGCUUCCACGGAAAGGGCUCGGGGAAAAUGAAGACGGAAAAGCGAAUGAAGAAACUAGAAGAGGAACAUCUGCUGAGGAAGAUGAGCUCCAGCGACACGCCCCUCGGAACCGUGGCCCUGCUACAGGAGAAGCAGAAAGCCCAGAAGACGCCGUACAUCGUCCUCAGUGGCAGCGGCAAGAGCAUGAACGUAAACACCAUCACCAAAUGAAUCUCGACCAAGGGCUGGCCUUGACCGAGGGAGCGAGUGAGCGAGCGAGCGAGUGUUUGGAUGUGUUACGCUGGGAGUGGGGAGGAUUUGUCUUUGUGUGACCUGAUUUUACUGUCUCUUUCCUUUCCUGUGUACAUUAAUAAAACCAGCUUUUUUCCUAAA